AUUUAUGUAGUGAUGACUGCGUCCCACAGAAUGAACAUCGUUGUCAUAAACGUGACCACAUGCUGUCGUGUUGGGACGCUGAAACAUGUCAGCUCGAAUGUAAAUACACAUGGAACGAUGAUAAAACGGUGGGACCAGGUUGCGACGAUGACGGCGAAAAAUGUCAUGAUCAGUGUUUGGGUGGAUGCUCAUCACCUGAUGAUCCGAGUGCUUGCCAUUUCUGCAAAAAUGUCGUCUAUCAGGGUAUAUGCAUGGACAAAUGUCCAACUGGCUUAAGAUGUGUAACGAUUGAAGAAUGUCGAAAUAUAUCAGCACCAGUAACGAUGGAAAGUACUAAGAAACGGAUGCUAAUAGUUGAAAAUAUGUGCCGUGUUGAUUGUCCAUUUGGGCAGGAAAUUGACCCGACCACUUCAUCACAUUGUAUUAAAUGUGAAGGCUAUUGUCCAGUGAAAUGCAAAGGCGGUACCAUCGAUUCUUUUGCACGCGUCAACGAUUAUUUGUUUAAAAAAUGCAACGUUAUUGAAGGUUAUCUAGAAAUCGAAUUAAGAAAAGGCUUAGAUGCAGCAGGGAUGGAAAAAAUAAGCGAAGCAUUGGGCUAUAUUGAAGUUAUUGAAGGCUAUCUGUUGAUUGAUUUCAGUAUAUCAUUUAUUUCUUUGCACAUGUUCAAACGAUUGCGAUUAAUCAAGGGAAACAUACUUUAUCGAGAUCGAUAUGCGCUUGCAAUAUUUGAAAAUGCCAAUUUGCGUCAAAUAUUUGAUAUUGAAAAACGGCCGUUGACCCUCGGAAAUGGUACAGUGUUGUUCCAAAAUAAUCGCAUGUUAUGCUACAAUCGCAUAAAAGCACUUAUCGAUUAUGCGGGCCUUACUGACGUGAAAGAAAACGAUGUGUCAUAUUACAGCAAUGGUGAUCGGGCAGUGUGUGACGAAACGACAUUUGAAGUUCAAACUGAAGAUAUUCAUAGUUUUGGUUUCAUGAUAUCUUGGGUUGCUUUUAAUACGACUGAUAUGGAUCAUCGGAAAUUCUUAGGAUAUCAGGUAUUUUAUAAAAAAGUGGAUGGUCCUGAUCCUUCACUGAGCAUUGAUGAUGAUCGCUCAGCAUGCAGCGAUUCGUGGCAGAUGCAUUUUGAGCCAGAGAAAGGAAAUGGUAAUGAAGGUUUGAAUCGAGGAGCUGGUAUUUUUGCUGUAGAAUCUAAUACGUGGUACGCAUAUUAUGUUCAAACUAAACUUAUUAAUCACCCUGGUGCACGAAAUGCCAUUUCCAAGAUUCACUUUUUGAAGACACUCUUCUCCACUCCCGAUCCACCAAAAGAUGUCGUUGGCAAGUCUCUCAUUAUGAAACCUGAUCAAAUUGAUUUGGCUUGGGAGCCACCAGAGCGACCAAAUGGUGAUAUCACACAUUACGUUGUCAAGUGGCAAGUAUUAGGUGAUGAUCCAUCGACAAUAUCAGGAAAUGUUUGUGAUGAUAAAGCUGGUACGGGAUUGCGACAUCACAAGGAUAUAAAUGAUCGAUUCACACAUACUUCGCCUGCACAACAAUCUUGCUCAAAAGCUGGAUGCUGCGAAUGCCGAUCACUUAAGCAACAACAGACAAAUCCAAACGAUAUAUUUCUGGAGGAUGAAAGAGCUAAUGAAGCCGAUUUUGAAAAUGCUGUGCAGAAUUUGGUCUUCGUGCAACAAGACUCAAAGAAAAGUUUAACUGACAAAUCACGAAUUCAUCGCAAUCGUCGAUCAAUCCUGAAAGAUUACAAUGAACCAAAUGAGAAGCAGUAUGGUGACGAAAGGUUUAUAUUUAUAACACAAAAUGAAGUGAAUGAAACUACGAGUUUGUAUCGAUCAGAAAUGGAUAUUGGGACCCAUAAAAUUAACGUCACUACACGUCGUUUAUCUAUCGUUGGCCUACGGCAUUACACACAAUACCAGAUAUGGAUUUAUGCAUGUCAAAAUAUAUCGGCUCCAGGUGGUGCGUACUGCUCACAGCGACCUGGUUGGAUGGUCGUACGCACAGCACCAAUCGCAUCAAAUGAUUUGGUUGACAAUAGAACUAUCAAGGUUAUUAAUUCAACAUCGUUCAAACAAGACCCUCGCAGUCGUAAAAUAACCUGGCAGGAACCGUCAAAUCCAAAUGGCAUGAUACUUGCAUAUCGAGUUACUGUAGUGGCUGAAAAUCUUGCCCAAACACCAAUAAGUCAGUGCGUUAAAGCAAGUAAUUUUCGUGAACGAGAAGGUGUGGUGUUCAGUGGAUUAGCUGAGGGUGAAUAUCUGGUGCAAGUGGAAACAAUAUCUUUGGCUUCUCUCUCAUUUCAUGCCAUCAAGGAAACAGCCGUGGCACAUACAUUAUUCAGGAUUGUGAAACCGACAUUUUUUACAACAACAGUAGUUUCAUUUAUCGCUGUGAUUGUUCUUCUUGUAUUAUCCAUUGGUUCCUUAGCUGCAUACUAUAUAUCCAGGAAAAUAUUAGGAGAAAAGGUUCGUGAAUACGUGCGGCAACAAAUUUCGGCAAAUCCUGAAUAUCUCAGCCAAAUGGAUGUUUAUAAACCGGAUGAAUGGGAAUUGAAACGAAAUACAAUUCAUUUGGAAGAAGAAAUCGGCAGAGGGACUUUCGGAAAGGUAUAUCGUGGAUACGGUGACAACUGUAAAUCAUAUUUGGGUGCUACUUUCGGCGAGUGUGCAAUCAAAACAGUAUCCGAAACAGCGAAUAGUGCGGAGCGUCUUCACUUUCUUAUCGAAGCAAGCGUUAUGAAACAGUUCAAUACGCCUUUUAUCGUUAAACUUUAUGGCGUUGUUUCUGAUGGUCAACCUGUCCUCGUCGUGAUGGAAAUGAUGAAAAAGGGUAAUCUACGUGAUUAUCUACGGUCUAGACGACCAAAUGCUGAGGAAAAUAUUCAUGGUCUGCAAGUACCAAGUGCAGUCGACUUUUUCCGUUGGGCUUCACAGGUUGCUGAUGGAAUGGCUUACCUGGAAUCAUUGAAAUUCUGCCACCGUGACUUAGCUGCUAGAAAUUGCAUGGUGAGUGAAUUUGAUACGGUGAAGAUAGGUGAUUUUGGUAUGGCAAGGGAUAUCUAUUAUCAUGAAUAUUAUAAACCAGCAGGAAAACGUUUGAUGCCAGUACGAUGGAUGGCACCAGAAUCAUUGAUGGAUGGUAAAUUCACCAUGAAGUCAGAUGUCUGGUCUUAUGGUAUUACACUUUACGAAAUGCUUACAUUGGCUCAACAACCAUAUUUGGGUUUAGCUAAUGAAAGUGUUUUUGAUUAUAUUGGUGUGAAGAAAAAAAUAUUGGCCAGACCAACUGGUUGUCCGGACUUUUGGUAUGAAUUGAUGAAACGGUGUUGGAAAUACGAUCCGCGUGAACGUCCCACUUUCGCCCAAAUUGUUGGAAUUCUGUUGAGACACGCUGAAGAUGGAGCGCUUAAUUUUCCCGAUGAUGAAUUUCGCGAGAUGUCAUUCGUGUUGUCCAAUGAAAUAAAUAUAGAUGAUUAUCUAGAUGAAGAGUUAUUCCCAGUUAGUGAUAACACUGGGCUUAUGCGAACUACUAGUGCGGGAUGUGUUGAUGAGAGCGAGACUUCAUUCAUUAACAGACCGGAUAAGCAGCGAUUAAAUCAUUCCAACAGUAGUGGAAACAUUUGUUAUUUACCAAGUAAUAAUGAAGCAAAUGUUCAAACGAAGCCAUUAUGCUUCUCGAACCGACGUAAUGGUACCUCGUCAUGGCGACGAAGUAUUGGCAGUUCUGGUCAUUCCCAGAGCAGCAGACGUAAAUCAGAAACUGACAUUAGCUUAACACGGUUCGAUAGAAACGAGGAUGAAUUUUAA